GCCGACAAGCAGAAUGAAUGUAGAGUGACUACCGCGCUACCAAAAGACCGCGCGUUGACGGUGCCUCUCCUCCCAUUGUUUGAGAUAUAACGACGCACAGCUGGCCUGAUACUGAUCUAUUUGGGUUGCUCAAGAUGGUGAAAGAUCCAAGGAAGCCAAGGGGCAAAAUGUCUUCAUAUGCCUACUUUGUGCAAACAUGUCGGGAGGAGCAUAAAAAGAAACAUCCUGACGCGAGUGUCAACUUUGCAGAGUUCUCCAAGAAAUGCUCUGAGCGAUGGAAGACAAUGUCAUCUAAAGAGAAAGGCAAGUUUGAGGAUAUGGCGAAACAAGACAAGGUUCGCUAUGAGAAGGAAAUGAAGAAUUACAUUCCACCCAAGGGCCAGAAGAAGAAGCGAUUCAAGGACCCCAAUGCCCCCAAGAGACCACCGUCAGCAUUCUUCUUAUUCUGCGCAGACUUCAGGCCCAAGGUAAAGGGUGAGAACCCAGGGCUGACUAUUGGAGACACGGCAAAGAAGCUGGGAGAGAUGUGGAAUAGCUCUGCUGCUGAACAAAAAAAGCCAUAUGAGAAGAAGGCUGCCAAACUGAAGGAGAAGUAUGACAAGGAUAUUAUUGCCUACCGUACUAAAGGGAAAUUGGAUUCAGGGUCGGCUGCCGCAGCAGAGGAUGACGAUGAUGAAGAUGAAGAGGACGAGGGAGAUGAUGAUGAGGAUGAUGACGAGGAUGAUGAUUAGAUUGCCUAGGGAUGGGGCCUGAAGUUUUGUUUAUGCCAUAUAACCCUAAUAUACUCAAUUUACCCAGUCAAACUGAACAAGAACAUGUAUAUUUAAUGUUUUUAAGAUGUACAGUGUUAUCCUCCCUUUUUUGUAAAGUUAACACUACAUAUCUUAAGUUUGAAAAUUUCUAGUGGUUGUUCUUUAUCCCCGCCAUAUUCCGUAACAAUUUAGAAGGACUAUAAAACAGUAUUGAAGUAUUUAGCCUCUAGGUGUACAACUCAAAAUAAGAUUUUUGAGUUGGUAGUGUAUUUUUUUGAAGAUUUUUCCUGUGUUAUGUCUUUUUUUAAUUGUUCUUUGAAUACCACUCUAAUAUCAAAAGCAGCUGUUUACAUUAAAUAAUUUCUUCAAUAAAGGUCUUUUUUUUUUUUUACGAAA